CUUUAAUGACCUUGCUGUUCUUGACUGGAAGGCGUCCCUGUCGCCACUGCAGUCUUUGACGCAUGGAGUUGCGGUCAGCUUUGUUCGGAUAAGAUACAGACCACCCCGCCUGGGGCCAUUAUGAUCCUUCAAGUCUGAUAUAAACACAUCACAUUAUUAGACGGCGUUCGGAUCGGGAAUUCAUAAUGGCGGCAAAUUAUUGGGCGUCGACCCAAUACCGACAUUGGCUCUUCUCACGGGAAAAGCUAACAGAGAUCCGAGAAGGGUUCCGCGCGAGGGACCAGACAGCCCAUUCGCAAUUCCCGUUGCCAGACCAGAGGCUCUUGAACAUCUACUUUAGCCAGCAAUUGAUCAAGCUGGGGAAGCGAAUGUCCACGAGACAGCAAGCUCUGGCGACAGCCCAGAUAUAUAUCAAGAGGUUCUACACCAAGAACGAGAUCCGGCACAGCAACCCGUACUUGGUGGCGACCACGGCAUUCUAUCUCGCCUGUAAAAUGGAAGAAUGCCCCCAGCAUAUCCGAUACGUGGUCGGCGAGGCCCGGGGCCUCUGGCCAGAGUUCAUUGCCCCCGACGUUUCCAAACUGGGGGAGUGCGAGUUUAUGUUGAUAUCCGAAAUGAACUCGCAGCUUAUCGUACACCACCCGUACCGGACUCUCUCGGAACUCCAGCCCGAGCUGGCUUUGACAUCAGACGAGGUGGCACUCGCAUGGUCGGUGAUCAAUGAUCACUACCUGACAGACCUGCCAUUGUUGCACCCUCCUCAUGUCAUUGCCGUGAUGGCCAUCAUCGUGGCCAUCGUCUUCAAACCGAGCCAAUCCGGUUUCCAUGGUUCCGCGGCCCCGUUGGCCGGCGCAAUGCGCGACGGAGGCAUGAACAUCCUUGCAGCACUGGGGGAUCGGGGCGGAGCAGGACCUCCCGCCCGGAUCCAAAAACUCAUCAGCUGGCUGGCGGAUAGUGAGGUGGACAUCCGAGCGGUCAUUGAAUGCACGCAGGAGCUGGUCUCGUUGUAUGAAGUCUGGGAGCAGUACAGUGAGAAACACUGCAAGGAGCUGCUUGGGAGGAUGGUCAAGAGUAAAAGCCUUGACAAGUGAUGCUGAGUGUUUCUAUGUGCUGGCUUAUAUGACCUUACGUCUCUUUCUCACGAUCUUGAAACCCACAUACUCCACACAUUGCAGCGUUGCAUUUGGCUUGCAUUAUACGGAUUACUGUACCGUGCUUUUGGACAUUAGAUUAUUGCUCAACAUCAAUGCUACUGCCGGUGUAAAUCAGUCUGAACCCAC